AUGUAUAGUAGUACUGCUGUUGUUGCUACUACUACUACUACUGCUGCUGCUGCUGCUGCUGCUGAUGCUGCUGUUGAUGUAGAUGUUGAUGUUACUUUCGAGAAUUAUUUCACCCAUUUUUAA